ACUUGUCUCACGGCCUGUCGCCAUCCCAUCCCUCCCUCUCGCAUCUCCGCCACCAGCCCACCUCCCCCUCCGCGCCGCCGGUGACGACUCCGUCGAGCCACUCCGCAGCAGGCGCCGGCGACCAUGUACCGCGCCGUCUCGGGCCUCGGCGCCCUCAAGAGGCAUAGGGCAGAUGCUCAAAUGAUGAAUAUUGCAAUUAGGUCUGCCAGCACAAGUGUUGCACAGAGCUCAUCAGUUGGCUUCUGGACUUGGUUGACUGGUGCACGCUCAAAUGCAUUACCACCUCCAGAUUUCGCGCUUCCAGGAGUGACUAUUCCUCCUUCGUUACCAGAUCUCGUGGAGCCUAGCAAGACAAAAAUCACAACACUUUCCAAUGGUGUAAAAAUAGCCUCUGAGACAUCUGCAGGACCAUCUUGUUCUGUUGGAGUUUAUGUUGAUUGUGGUUCUGUAUAUGAAGCACCUGAGGCAACAGGUGCCAGUCAGCUGUUGAAGACAAUGGCCUUUGCAACCACUACCAACAGGAGUGAAUUGCGUGUUGUGCGUGAAAUUGAGGCGAUAGGUGGCAGUGCCAAAGCAUCUGCUAGCCGUGAGAUGAUGAGCUACACUUAUGGAGCGCUGAAGACAUACAUGCCUGAAAUGGUUGAGGUGCUUAUUGACUGUGUACGCAACCCUGCUUUUCUUGAUUGGGAGGUCAAGGAACAGAUUUUGAGGCUCAAGGCAGAGCUUGCAAAAGCAUCAAGUAACCCUGAAAAAUUGCUUUUGGAGGCUCUUCAUUCUACUGGCUAUUCUGGUGCUUUGGCAAACCCUCUGAUUGCAUCAGAAUCUUCAAUUAGCAGAUUGAAUACAGAUGUCCUGGAACAGUUUAUAGCUGAGAACUACACUGCUCCCCGAAUCGUUCUAGCUGCAUCAGGUGUUGAUCAUGAUGAAUUGGUAUCUAUUGCUGAACCGCUUCUGUCUGACAUUCCCAGUGUAACUGGAACCACAAGGCCGAAAUCUACCUAUGUUGGUGGUGAAUAUAGACGAACUGCAGAUUCAUUGAACACAGAUGUUGCAUUGGCAUUUGAGGUCCCUGGUGGUUGGCUAAAAGAAAAAGAUUUUGCCACUGUAUCAGUUCUUCAGACACUUCUUGGUGGUGGUGGCAUCUUUUCUUGGGGAAGGCAGGGAAAGGGGUUGCAUUCACGUCUAAAUCACCUUGUAACUGAAUUUGACCAAAUCAAGUCAAUCACCGCUUUCAAGGAUGUUCACAGUAACACUGGCAUCUUUGGAAUUCAUACAUCUACUGAUGCAUCAUUUGUACCUAAAGCUAUUGACCUGGCAGCCAGAGAGCUCACUUCCCUUGCAACUCCUGGGCAAGUUGACCAAAGCCAACUGGAUCGUGCUAAAGCCUCAGCUAAAUAUGCAAUAUUAGCGAACCUGGAAUCAAAGGCAUCACUAACGGAAGACAUGGGGCGCCAAGUUCUGGCAUUUGGGGAAAGGAAACCUGUUGCGCACCUUCUCAAGGCUGUUGACGGUGUUACUCUGAAAGACGUAGCAACAGUUGCUGAAAAGAUCAUUUCAUCACCGCUGACAAUGGCAUCCCAUGGAAACGUUCUGAAUAUGCCAACUUACGAGUCGGUCAGUGGCAAGUUCAGCUCGAAAUGAGUACAUGGGCCUUCAAUUUUUCUGCCCUCUGGACAAGUUUACAGCCCGUAUUUUCCACACCUAGGCCAUUAUUCUCGGUCAAAGUUUCUUCAGAGAAAUAAGGAACCUCAUACAAUUUUGUUCGUUGAAUCUUUGCUCACUUUGCAAUUACCCGUUCCCCCCACUUCUCUUUGCGGAAACAUUUGUGCACUUGAGUUCGUGGUUAUUGCUGGUGAUAGGCCAGUCGUGUUUGUAAAUUUAACUGGUACCGGGGCUCCUCUUUCGUUUACAAGGCCCAAAGAGUGUACAAAAUACCAUUCUCUGGUCCAAGCACAUGAAUAAUGAUUCUACUGGACUGAAAUUUUGCACGA